CGCGGCUCCAAAAGGGCAGGGGGGCCUUUUCUCUUUGUCUGAUGCAUCACCAGCCGCAUUUAACACCAUCCACUUUCACAUCCACUUUCUUCACCGACCCGACGGCUCAACCUCGACGACGUGGCUUGUGUAUUGUGCUCAUUUCUUGUGCUCAACCUUUGUCCCUCUUUUUCUCCGUCCACUCAGUCUCAACGGCAGCACAACGUUGUGAGAUGUGCAGCCAACGCCACUGAUCGCUCGUCGAAUUUACAAUUCAAGCCAUGGCUCAACCUUCAACCCCCGGACAAUCUAUCUUUGGCGGGCCUACCCCUGUCGCCGGAACAACGCAGGCCUUGGGUGCUGUCAACCAGACCUCAUCUACCUCGACUUCGCUGCAACCGACGCCGACGCCGCCUUCGGCCACUUCGUCGUCUAACAAUACCUACAUCAUGCCAAAUUCCCCUGCAAAGGGUCGCAGCGUCGCCGAUGGAUACCGACCCAAAGUCACCCGCACGCUAGGCCAGAGACCCGCUUGUCUAGUAAAUGCUUCAGUGACGUAUUGUGGGAAUAAUCAAAUAUAUGCUUUUGGAGGGUUCGACCAAUAUACCGAUGAGGUUUAUAAUCACGUGCUGAGGCUGGACCUCGUUAGCCAUCAAUGGAGUCUUGUUGACAACUAUGGUGAUAUUCCAGGAGUUCGGAUGGGACACACUGCGACCUUGUAUCAGGGAAACAAACUCUUGGUCUUUGGCGGCGAGAACGAACAUCGAACAUACCUUUCGGACCUUAUUGUCUUUGACCUCAAGACCGCCCACUGGACUCAGCCACAAGUCUCAGGCCCGAUCCCGAAAGGUAGAGCGAGACAUGCUGCUGUCUUACACGAGGACAAGCUCUUCAUCAUUGGUGGCAUAACUGGCCAGAACAACUAUGUGUUAGAUGACAUUUGUUACCUCGAUUUGAAAACUUUUACCUGGUCUAAGUCUUGGCGUUUUGUUGGUCGUUUUGACCACUCGGCUUAUAUCUGGGGCGACCGAGUCUGGGUAUUUGGAGGUCUGAGUGAGGACAUGGACAAGAUCAGCGAUCUGUGGUGGUUAGAUCUGAAAGGAAACCCGCAAUUUGAUUCCCGACCUCAAAUAGGCAUCUUCGAUCGAGGUUCUCUGUCUACUCGAGCUAGUAGCUCUCCCCGACCUCCAUACACCAUGGCCCAGGCUCCUGUUGUAGGAGCUUCUGGCUACGCCGCCAACUCUCGCACAGCCCAGGUCAACCCGCCUUCAAUUCAAAUGAAGACAUACGCGCCUGUGGCCCCGGGGUCUAUAUCUGCUCUCAAAUUCAUGUCUGGUCCCUCGAUUCCCUCUCAGGGCUCGGGUCUUCACUUUCAUGCCUACUCUUCGGGUACCCUUCUCGAUUUUGUCACACCUGCGGCGACUCUCACAUCGAGAGAAUGUUCUUUGUCAGCCCUGGACCUUGGCACGCUUCGCUGGACGAAGCUUGCUGGAGGGCGGGAGAUCUUCAAAGCGGGUUACAGGUGGCAUUACUGUUGUAUGAAUGAGGAUGGCACCAAAUCCUGGUUACUAGGUUGUCCAACUGACCCUGCUCCGGGCGACAUAGGGCCCAACGGCUAUGAAGAAUAUCUUAGCGAUAUUAUGGAAAUUGACCUGCGACGAUAUGGCUUUCUGGGCGAUAAUUUGACACCAGAACCAAGGGUAGAGUCAAGGCCAUCUGCGAUGACAAGAGCCGUGGAUCAACCUUCUAAAGGAUUAGGUUCAGAUCUAGCGAAGCUCUUCAACCAGCCACCUGAGACAGGCAGCGGAACUGAUUUUGUCGUUACUGCGCUGGCUGGUGAUUACGAUGACGACGAGGCUCUGAGCUCCGGUCUGAUUCGAAAUGACGAGACAACAGCGCGAAACGAGAGCUGGCUCUCAGCAGACGCGCCGACCUCACAGCCUAUUCAUGUUCACAAGCUCAUUCUCCAAGCGCGUUGGCCACACUUUGCGCGUCUUUACAACGCCCAGAUGGCUGAGUUUCACACCAAAAAGAUGCACAUCCCCGAGCCUUACAGUGUAGUCAAGGCCUUUCUCUACUAUUUAUACACAGAUAGCAUCCGUGGUACCUCGGACAACGAUAGUGACGCAACCACGGCGCUCUCUGAUGUGGCAGGCCUUCUGGUAAUGUCCAAUAUCUACAAUAUCCCUCAUCUUCGCCUGCUCUGUGUCAAUAGACUUGCCAAAGAACUCGAUGUCGACCAUGCUUGUAUCAUAUGGUACUGUGCAGGGCUCGCUAAUGAAGAGUGGUUGCGUAAACGUGCCGCAGGAUUCUGUAUGACCCACUGGGGCCGUAUCGUCCGGACCCAGGGAUUCCUCCGUUUGCCGCGCACUGCACUUGUCGAGCUUUCACAAGAAAUCGACAUGGAAGGACGUAUCAUCGGCGGAGAAGAACUCGAAUGGGGUGGCAUGAAUGAUAACAUGGGACACGAUGCUCGUAAGGGGAGCAUAAGCAGUAACCAAACCCAUAUGAUCGAGUCUGAAGCCGAUGACGAGGAUGGCAUGGAGAUGACAUGAAAACUUACAUGUACAAUCGCUGUUGUCUUGGUGGCUGACCGAAGGAUUCUUAUCCUCUAUCCUGUGAAUCUCAGCAAUUUCUUCAUACUCGCAAAGUCGCCGAUUCGCUCGAUACCAUUAAAGCACCUGCCGAAACAGGCACCCUCUUUCUGGUCCUGCUUUCAUUACCUAUAUCCAGUUCACCUGGCCUUUCUACUCCGCAUUCAGCUACAGGAUGGCCGGUAAGAAGCACAGUGACACUUUGGUAAACUUUCCGCAAGGAUAGGGCAGCACAUUAUGCAUCUGCAUCGUGCAAUGCCUAUAUUAUAGAGUUUCUGUCCAGUGGGGUGUAAACGACUGUUGCUUCCUAUUCUUUGUUCAAGUUGGCUUCUUACGCAUUGCGAGGCGUUUUGUAUCUGCACAGCGAACUAGUUAUAAGCUAUGGUCUCGUAAAAUCAGAUAGAUAUGUCAAAUACACGAUACCCUUUAUCCCCCG